GCAGAAUGGAGGAAAUGCGAAGGAUACCAUGGGUGAGGAUGGAUCGGGAAGCAAUAACCAGGCCCAUGGAUAGGGGUAAGGAGCCCAGGGAUUUCGGUCCUAGGAUGAGAGAGAAACAGACGCUGUCCAGGCGGAACCCUAAGGGAUUCACCAUUUCCCGCUCGCCCAAAAUGAACUUGGGGGCCAACAUCCAACGUCGCGCCAAAGGAAAGGAGAAGCAAGGCCCAACCCGAGCUGCUUUUGACUCAAAAGAGGAUCAAAAAUUGGGGCGGCUGGCUAAGAAGGCGGUGAGCUGUGAUGUAGGUGGUAGUGUGAAUGAAGGGCCAAUCUCCCCGGGGAUGGACACUGAUAAUCCUCCCCACGCAGUGGAUAGACUUGAUCAUCCUGUCGAAAUUCAAUCCGGGAGGAGGCGAUUGUUGUUGGAGGAAGAUAUGGAAGAAGAAAUGUCGCCUUUGUUUGCCUCUCUUAGGGAUGCGGGAUACUCAGUGGAACUGAAAACAAUCGCUGGGGGUCGGGGGAGCUAUGCUCCCAAUGAGCCUAAUGUGGAGAGUGAACCACACAUCUAAUUUGGCCCCAAGGCGCCCUUCCAAAGCUCAAGCUCGCCAACCGCCAAGCGCAGAUGCUGCUGCCAAAAAAACCAGGGGGAAACUUGUGGUGAAUAGGUCGCGCAAUACACCCAGGAAGACUACAAAGUCUGCGGUUGUUGAUGAUGGGGACUGGGAGGAGGUUCCUAUAAAGGAAGUAAUGGCGA